AUGGCUGCGCCAUACGAGCUCAUUUACUAUGUUGGAGUGCCAGGACGCGGAGAGCACAUCCGGCUGGCCCUUGAAGAAGCUGGAGCCGAAUACACGGAUACUGCUUCUCUGCCCAUGGAUAAAUGCCGAGAAUUCGUAACCUCUUACCUGACGCCAGGUCCAGGAAAUCCUCCGUACUACGCACCUCCACUCUUCAAGCAUGGCGACUUAGUCAUAUCUCAGACCAGCAAUAUACUCAUGUACCUUGGUUCGAAGCUGGGUCUUGCGGGCGCGAAUCAAAACGACGAGUACCGAGUAAACGCCCUGGCUCUUACUGCUUUAGAUGGCUUGAGCAAUGAGGUCCACGAUUCUCACCACCCAAUUGCUGUCGAGCUUUACUAUGAGGAUCAGAGAGAGGAAAGCAAAAGGCGUUGUCAGGAAUGGAUCAAGACUCGUCUUCCCAAACAUCUUGGAUACUGGGAGAGAGCUCUGGCCAGUGAUGAAGGCGGUAAUUGGUUAUUGGGAAAGACUUUCACAUACGCUGAUCUAGUUUUAUUCCAGUGUCUCGAUGGUUGCAAAUUCGCAUUCCCCAAAGCCAUGAGCCAGGCCAAGGAGUCUGGUAAAUACAAUCGGGUGUUCCGCCUGUGGGAGGACGUAAAGGCUCGCCCAAAUGUAGCUGCAUAUCUCGCGAGCGAGAAGAGACAGAAGUAUGACUGGGGUAUCUACCGGUACUACCCGGACAAUGACGUCCUCGCUGAGUAG